AUGCGACAACCGUCGGUGCACCGAAGUCGACGGAGUCGACUGAUGUGGGGUUGCAUCCUUCAGCUGGUGCUGCUGCUGCUGCUGGCAUACCACCGAUCUGUGAUAGGAACGGCUGUGAUAAACACGAACACGUUCGACCUGCCGUUUUGGCCGGAGGCACUAGGAGCCGGAAAUGGUGACAACACGAUCGCUGGAUUUCCGGAACAGCCAGUCAUCGAGCUGCACGACAGGAUUUUCCCAACGUUUCACUGUCACCGGACGAAGCGCCAGCUGUCAUGGUCGGCCGUGGACGCCGGCCAGCCCCGGCGCCGGCGCCAACACCGGGAGCGACUGACGGUGCAGUACGGGAUGCGGGGCGAAACGAUGACACUCGAUCUGACGCUCAACGAGAACCUUAUCCCGGACGGAUCGUACCGAUUCGUGGAGCAAACGGCCGACGGGCGCGAUCUGGUGCGGCAGCUUGGCCGCGACGAGAUCGAGCUGUGUCACUACGAGGGUACGGUCCGCGAGAGGCCCGGUUCGCGGGUGGCCAUCUCCACCUGCGGUGGCACGAUCGACGGAGUGAUCUACGAGCCGGAUGAAACGUUUCUCAUCCAGUACCACAACGAUACACACCUCCUGUACCGCCGACGGCCGAAGCGCGGCAUCGCGGAAGGUGGCCAGCCCCACCCGACGAUGGAGCUGGGACAGGACGAGGACAACACCAAGCCCCACGAGCAGGUUCCGGCCGACGGCAAGCUCGCGUUCAGCACCGGCUACCGGGAGGACGCAGAAUCGCUGUUCGUCGAGCUGGCGCUAGUCGUUGACCGGACGCUGUUCCUAAAGUUUGGCUCGAACGUGCAGCGUGUCCACCGGCACUGCCUGUCGGUGGUGAACGUGCUAAACGAACUCUACCGGCCAUUGAACGUGUACGUGUUGCUUGUAGGCGUGGUCCUGUGGAACACAAGGGACAAUAUUGUGUUGUCGCGCGAUUCGAAGCAGACCCUCAGCAGCUUCUUGGCUUACCGGCGAGACACUCUGCUCCGGCAGGUCCCGAACGAUGCCGCGCACCUCCUAACGGCCGUCCGCUUCCAAGACGGGGUCGUCGGGAAGGCGGAGCUAGGCUCGAUGUGCAGCACGGGCGGUUCGGGUGGGAUUGCCGUGGUGGAGAACUUUGUCGUAGCUCCGCUCGCGACAACGCUAGCCCACGAACUGGGCCACAACUUCAACAUCGACCACGACUCGGACGACUGCGGUGGCGACGGCGGCAGCCGGUGUCCUGGCCCGGGACCUUGCAUCAUGGAGGCCAGAUUGCGUGAUUCGAUCGACGUCCCGAGCCGGUGGAGCGAGUGUAGCCGGGCGGAUCUGCGCGAUUCACUGGCACGGGGACUGGGCGCCUGUCUGCGCAACAAACCCCCGCGGCUACUGGUGCGAGCCGUGUGCGGAAACGGGUUGCUGGAACCGGGAGAGCAGUGUGACUGCGGACAUCCGGAUCGGUGCGACAAUGCGUGCUGCGAUCCUGGCACGUGUCGGCUGCGGGCGAACGCGACGUGUGCAACGGGGCCAUGCUGUGACCGGAGCACCUGUCAACCGCGACCCGCCGGAACCGAGUGUCGGUCUGCGGCCGGAGAGUGCGAUCUGCCGGAGUACUGCGACGGGCACGGGGAGCUCUGUCCGGCCGACGUCUUCCGGCGUGACACGAGCCCGUGUGCGGAUGGGGAAGCGUACUGCUUCCGGGGUCGGUGCAAUACCCGUGACCGUCAGUGCCGGUUGCUGUGGGGCGAGACGGGUCGCUCGGGGCCCGAAGUUUGCUACCAGAGCAACGCGAACGGGACAAUCUUCGGCAACUGCGGCAACGAGCUGGUGACCGAGCGGUACGAGCGGUGUGCGGAGCAUGAUCUGCAGUGCGGGCUGUUGCAUUGCACGCAUCAGAACGAGAAGCUGGAGUACGGCGUGGAAGCGUACGCGAAACGGACCGCGACCCGGUUCGAGCAGUGGGGACCUCGGGGCACCAAGCGGCACAUCGUGUGCAACGCGGCCAUCGUCGAUCUCGGGCUGGACGUACGCAAUCCCGGUCUGGUGCCGGACGGGACGCGUUGUGGAGCAGGCAAGAUGUGUCACCAGCAGCGGUGCGUGGCCAUCAGCGCGCUUCAGGAACGGGACAUUGGGGACACGUGUCCCGGGAACUGCAGUGGGCACGGGGUGUGCAACAGCGAGGGCCAUUGUCACUGUGAACCCGGCUUUGCGCCGCCAUUUUGUGAUCGACCGGGAGAGGGUGGUUCGAUCGAUAGCGGACCGAUCGGUCGCGGGGGCCGUCAGCUGUCCAUGGAUUCGCUGGUGGUGGUGCUCGUGUCCGGGGCCACCAUCGGUGGGCUGGUGAUCAUCAGCUUGCUGGUGUUCCUGACGGCACGUCCCUUCCUGAUGUCGCACGUGCGGCUCGCACUGAAGCGCUUCCGGGAGCGCAAAUACGGCCACAUCGUACCACCGGCCUCUCCGACCACCGGGCUGCUGGCGCCGCUGGCGGUGCCGAAAGAUCACAAACGCCCGGUGGUGGCUCCUCCGCCACCACCGCCGCCGCCACCGCCACCGCCGAAGCCACCGGUCAGCCAGAGCUUCAUCAACGUCAACAUCAGCACGGAGGGCAAGGUGACCAUCGAGAACAAGCGCAUCCUCGCACCGUUCCUCCUGCACCAGCCAAGCGUCGUCGAUCGGCACGAGGCGUUCCGGUUGAAGUACAGCUUGGAGGGCGUAGCUGCAGCACCAGAUCACCCGCUUGUUACGGCGGAAAUGCACUCGAGCGCCGCCGGAAAUCCGGUGCAGGAUCUGCGACAAAUCGAUCGCAUGCAGUCCUACCACAGCCAGCGGUCCAAGAGUGACGAGCGGCCGGCGGCCAACCGGAUGCUGCCCAAGCUGCCGCGCCAGCAUACGGUCGGAGAUUUUGAUGCGAUCGAGCGGCUACCGGAACCGGACGACCGGAACCAGAUCGGCGAAAACCGGCGCCGAGGAGGAUACCGACCGCAGGCGAAACCGGUCGCAGUGCCGAGACCGCUGCCGAGGGUGCUGGGCGCACCAUCGGUCGGGACGGCGGCUCCACCAAGGCUACUUCCGGCCACACCGACUCCAACGCCGAACGCGGAACGACCGGUCAUGGGAGCGAAUGUGGCCGCCCUCCGGGCAAAGUUGAAUCUCGCAGAAAUUGGCACCAAACGAUAG